GAAUUCAGGAAUUUAGGAAUCGAUUCCAAACCGAUUCCCGCCGGCUUAGUUAGCUGUCGACAUGCAUGACCUUGAGCAGCUGGAGCCAUUCAUGCUGGCAGGGUGGUUCUGCGUCACUCCUGCCCGCGCUUGUAGCGACCUCCUUGCAUCGCUCCCAGUACGGGUCUAACCCUCCGUCAAACCGCAAUCGCAGUGCCGGACUCCCAACCAUCACAUACAGGGUAUUAGUCAUUCAUAGAGUUGAGCGCUAUCAUUAUGCGCUUCGUUGGAUUAAGAUCGGAUGCAAAUCUGAAGGGGAGGGCAAGUAUCAUGGGCGCACUUGAACCUUUCUCCCAGCCGCCCCUCUCUUCCCACUUGAACCAUGGCUCACAAAAUGUCCGAUGAACAAAUCUCGGAACUUAGGGGGGCUUUCUCCCUGUUUGAUAAAGAUGGUGAUGGAAGCAUAACGAAAACUGAACUGGGAAUCGUCAUGCGUUCCCUGGGACAAAACCCAACGGACGCCGAGCUACAAUACAUGAUUCGUGAGGCGGACACCGACGGUAACGGGACCAUCGACUUCGACGAGUUCCUGGCGAUGAUGUCGAAACAGACUGCUGAUGCGGACAGUGAGGAUGAGAUGAUGGCUGCGUUUAAAUUGUUCGAUAGAGACGGGAACGGGCUUAUAAGUGCCUCUGAAGUUAAAUACGUAAUGACGGGUUUAGGUGCCAUGUUUUGCUGGUCGCGAUCGCAUUGGAUGUGCUGAUGAUUCUAAAAGGCGAGAAAUUAACCGAGUUGGAGAUAAAUGAGUUGAUUCGCGAGGCCGAUAUGGAUGGAGAUGGUCAGAUCAACUUCAACGAAUUUGUCAAUGUUUGUUCACCUUCCUGAAGUUUGUUCCAUCAAUUUGUUGUCUAAUGGUAUUACUCGCAGAUGAUGUCGUCGUUAUAGGCCAGCUUCAGUGAGGGUGACGCCCAGACAUCACUCUCGUUGUUGUUAGCCACAGUCACUCACCCUAUUGCACAUCCCUCCACAGCGAUCCACAAGCUACUAGUUUCC